CUUCGAAAGAAUUGGUCUAGACUAGCAAUGGCAAGUCAAUAAACACCAAAGAUUUCAAAACUUUGAAAGAAUUGGUUGAGACUAGCAAUGACAAGUCAAUAAGGACCAAAGUUUACCAAGUUUGCUGCUAUAUAAAUUCUAGAAUGGAUGUUGAUUGAGAUUGACGGUGCCGAAACUAAAACAUAUCCACAAGGUUUGCUUGUAGUUUAACUAAUACAUUAAUCGUGAGCUUAGCAUAUGGAAUUUAGUAAAUUAGUACAUGAGAGGUCGAUCGAGAUUGGAAUUUGAAUUCAAUUUAUGAUAUAUGGAAGGGGGGCUAGAUUUGAUUAGAGGGAAUAUGAGACUUAUCAUUGAGCUUUUGCAAUAUACAUUGCAAGCAUUAAUAACAUAUCUAAUGAAGGCAAUGACUGCAAUUAAUUAUACAACUUUGUAUCAAUAAUUACAAAAGUGAAAAUGAAAAAGAAAAUGGUGAUCGAGUUUAUUGGAUUUGAGUCAUUGGUCCCUUUGGCUCAUCGCUUGGCCCAAAACCAAGCAUAGAUACCUGGAAAAAAAAGAUCAAUUAAUCUAGAGCUCAUUUGAAGUUCAAAUUCAAGCCCAAUUCAGGUCCUCAAUUUCAUCUCAUCUCAACUCAAUUAGGGUCAAUCCAAAGCUGUCAUUCUAGCCGAAAGGGCAAGCAAAAAUUACUGUCGUCAACAGAAAAUCAACCAAACAUAUCACUUUACACAGUUCCAGGUUGGUGUUUCUUUGAACCAUCUUAAUCAUAUACGCAUAUUGAUCAUCCAUACAUACCAUUAGUUUAUCAAAUAAGGUGGAUUUGAUGGGGGUCUUAGUUUCAUAAUCCAUAGUUGAUGAUUUCAUAUAUGUAUGUAAAUAUGUCAUUUGAAGCACAGUUUUUAUCUUGCUUAUCUAGUGUUUUCCGACGAGGAAAAUCUAGUGUUUGAAUUCACUGUCAUCUUGGUGGCUUAGCAUCAGGCUUGAUGAGUUUAGGUGAGCUCCGUCUUGUCGCCUCAUCCUAACUAGAAGGGGUUAGGGCUUCCUUGUCUUGCCUCCAUCAUAUUGGCACUCCCAUCGAGCCUCCUUGACGAUCCCAACAUGAUGAUUCCAUACUUAUCUCCUUUAAAUCGACUUAAUAAUCUUUGUCUCCUUACCUAGCAUGCCUUGCCAUCCUUGUCUUGUUAGCUAGGCCUUAUUUCCCAAGCUUGUCUCAUCAGCAUGAUAAUUGAUAUCCCCUGCUACCAAGCCCACCCUAUCGGCCUAGUCUCCACACUUGGUUUUUAGAAUAUCAGCAAAUUGGUACCUUCCCACCCUGCCUGCUUGGUAACCCAGUUAGGAGCCACCAAACCCGUCUUGAGACUUAGUAUCUAUAUGGUUCCCUGAGGGAUUCUACGCCAAGUCAUUAUCAAAUUGAAAAUCUCUUAGCUCGGCAUCCUCGGCGACCAGCCCCCACCAUGGUCCAUGGUGGCUUGGUUUCCAAUCAGGCGACCAUCUCAUCUAGCAACUUUGUCACCUCAUAGGGUUGGCACCCUGCCAAUUUGAUCUCCAUACUUAGUUUUUGGAGAUUUAGUAACUUGAUACCAAACUUGUCUUGCCGGCUGGGUACCCCCUUGGUUGGCUACCAAGUAUGUUUUACCAACUUGUUAUCUAGACUUAGUCAAAUUUUCAUAUCUAGGUACUAGAGUUGCCUUGUCGACUUGAUACCCUGUUGGUGUCUUGGUAGUUGGUACCAAGCCUGUCUUGACAGCCUCGUACCUUAUUUGCUCCAUACUUGGUCAAUUUUCAUGUUUUGGUACCUAGUAUGUCUUGUCCGCUUGGUACCCUCUUGGCUGGCUACCAAGUAUGCAUUGUUUCCAGACUUAGUUUUUUAGAGUCGUAUUUCAUGCCAAGAGUGAGAGGUUGUUGACCAUGGAGGCCAGGGAGACGGGUCGGUCAUCGUGUAUGCGAGAAGAAACUUGGCCACUUAGGCCCAAAAAUCCAACUUGAUAAUGCUCAGCUAGCUCCUUUAAUGAUUAAUGAUGAACUGACCUUCUAAAUCCACUAAAUCCCUUGUAAUUAAACGAUGCGGUACAAAUUUAUUAGUAUGGGUACACACCUAGGUUUUAUUAAUUCUAUCGAAGUUAACGAGGCAUCCUACAUAAACAUAAUGAUUGAUUUGCACAAGUUUUGCCUUUUCAUUAAAGUAACAUAGCAUAACAAAUCUCAUAAACUCACCAAGUUCAUAGGAAUAUGGUUUGCUUAUGCUUUUAUACCCCGCCGCCACCAUGAGUCCAGAGUCAUCGGGAACCUGUAUCAUAUUGAAAAAGCUUCUCGUCAACUGUCCGUCUCCAACUCACUACUUCUUUGUUGGUAUCUGCUAUAUAUAGUCGCUUUGUUUUUUGUUCCGAGGCUUUAUUGCGGCUUCUAUAUAGCCUGUAUUCUUGGAUCCGUGAAGUUUGGUAUACGGUGUGCUUUUCGAUUUUUUGGGCCAAAGUAAAGGAAUCAACUAUUAGUUGGUUGCUUUGCUUCGCUUGAUUAGUUGUAGUGGAGAUCAAAGAAGUGAUUUACCGUCAUCGCAAACUGGGUGUAGUUUAUUUUGUCACGUGAGUUCAGGUUGAAGUAAUUUGAUUGGUUGGUCAUGGGGGAGAUUGCAAAAGUUUUUCGGCUGGGGUCGUUCAAUCUCGUCUUUGUUUGGUGCAACCAUAGGUUUCUUCCUUUUGGUUCUUUUAUUACUAAUUUUGUAGGUGUUGUUCGGAGCACCUUAGUUUUGGGUCUGCGCGCCAACGAAUACCCCAUGUUCUGCAUCACCGUCGGCAGUGCUAGCAACUGUCUUCUUUAGCAGUUGGGGAGGGCGUCGCAGGAAGGGAGAGGAAUACGGCAGCGGCAACGCCUUUCUUCAGGUGGAGAAUGAGCCCAGACGACAUCUGUCCCUCCGUAAUCUCAUUUCUCUUCUUCAUCUCCGGAAUCGACCAUCAAUCACUCCCCAAAAGCGAUUGGCAUCCUCUGGUGAAGUUGACCAACGAGUGGAGGCAGGCGAGUGAAGGUUUGAUCGUUGGUGAAAUUGGAGGCGAAGUUGACCAGCAACUAGCAUCCUCUUCUCUCUGUUUCAUCUCCUACAGGAAUCGAUUGUUGGCUAGCUAUGCUUUGUUGGCUUUGCAGCCGUGGGUAGGGGUGUACAUGAGUCGGGUGGUUUGUGUUUAGUCAUUUUAAUCACCUGACCCAUGCACUACGGUUUGGGAAAUAUCAAACCCAAACCCACCCAAAAAAAUUUAAACACUAGGUUUGUUUCUAAUUGGGUUGGGUCGGGUUGGCGAUAUUUUUAAGUAAAAACCCAACCCAACAUAAAAUAUAUAAUUAUUCUACAUCAUAAAAAUAUUUUAUAACUAAUUAAAAUUUCAAACGAAUGAACCAAAGUGAAAGGUAUCAAAAUUCACAAAUGUUAUUUAAAUUUUAGUAAAAUGUGAUUUACUCCAACAUAUGUCUUGUUUUUUUCACGAUAUUUGUUGAAAUAUGCUAUAAAUGUUAUAAUCAAACGCAUCCAUCAUAUGUUAUUCUAUUAAAAUUGUAUACAAGAAAAGGGAUUAUGUGAAUCAUAACUAUAUUCAAUUUAUGUCUAAACUUUAAGUCGAAAAAUGCAUUAGAUUAGGGAGACCAUGAGAGAAAACAUGGCGAAAUAUCUUAAUUUUCUCAUAAGUAUAUGACUAUAUACAACAUAAAUAUUUUUUAGAUCCGAACUCAUACUAAUAGUUGGAACACGGGUUGGGUCGGGUUCUACGGGUUGUGUAAUCCAAACCAAACCCAAAAGAGGCGGGUUGUACAAAAGAAAACCUUCACCCAACCCAAAACCUUCGUUUUAGCGAUAAAUACGGGUGGGUUGGGUCGGGUUGGACGGGUGGGUCGGUUUGCGGGUGUAUUUGCUCACCCCUAGCUGUGGGGAUUGGCUUUACCCUCUCUAGGGAUAUCUGGAAGUUGCUCCGGAGAACACACCAUCGGUUGGGGUGUGGGAGCUGGUAUGGUGGGGGAGGAUGACAGUGGGGUGAUUCGAGAAGAGGGCAGAAGGCUUAUCGGAGAAAGGAAGAAGCGGUGAGGGUAGGUUUUGGAAAAAUUAAAACAAGAAUGAGGGAUUUAGAAAUAGUUGAUGGGGAUCAACUAUUUCAAAAACUCCAAUUUGAGAGUUUCUGAAAUUCCUAAAUCCUAAUUACGAAAACUCUCAUGUUGUCGAACGCAUGAUUGUUUUAAAUUACUGCACGAUGAGAUAUUGUUUUAAAAUCUCUCACAAAUCCCUCACUACAAUCUCUAAUCCAAACGGUCCCUUUAGUGUCACCGAAUGGUGACGGUGAUAGAUAUCCAUUCAUUUAUUAUUGGUCCAACCUAAACUCAAAUGUCGGGGUGUUACAUUUAUGGUUGUUUCAUAACAAAAAAAGGGCAAAAACUGUAUUAGAAUUGUGUGUCCAUUUUCCUCUAGGUAACUAAUAAUAUGGGUCCAAUUUAUACCCUAACUAAAAUGUUGGGUAUGAAUUUACAUAAAAAAUAGAAUUAACCAAAUCUAAGUUGACCCAUAAUAAUUUCUGUUUGGGCAAUACUCAAGUAUUAAAUGUUUUUGUCGUCAUAUUCGAAAUGUGUUAUACAAAUCAAGAUUGAGGAUUUGUCAUGAUAUGGCCUAUAGUGAUACUAGAUGGGAUACAUGAGAAGUAUGGCUGGAUAGAGCGUCAACUACUUGACUAGUUACGACUAGAGUAUGUAACCAUUGUUCCGAAUUAAUAUAUCUAAGUAGGUUACCCAUAAAGAAGAAGGAAAAAAAAAAAAAAAAAGGAUUGGCCAUGAUAGAGGAGUACCACACCUAGUUGUCAAUGGUUGAAUUUGAAUUACAGGUGCCAAUUUUCAAUCCAAUCUACAAAUUCAUCCACUUAUAUAUCUUACUAAUCCAAUUUAUUAUAUCUAAAUCCAAUUGGAUUGAUAGAUUGAUAAAUAUUUGAUUAAUUACACUUUAGUACCAUACUUUUUAUACUUUACAUUUUAACUCCUAAAUUUUAAUUUUGUAACGUUAAAUAUCAAUGAAAAAUUAUAUUUUGA